AUGCCUUUGCCACAUCUGCGGGUGGCAGUGGUGUGCUCCAAUAACCAGAACCGGAGCAUGGAGGCGCACAGCAUCCUCAGCAGACAAGGAUUCAAUGUCCGGUCCUUUGGAACAGGAGCUCACGUGAGGCUUCCAGGACCAGCACCCGACAAGCCAAAUGUUUAUGAUUUCAGAACCACAUAUGAUGAGAUGUACCAGGAUCUUCUUACGAAGGACAAACAACUCUACACACAGAACGGCGUUUUACAUAUGCUGGACAGAAAUAAGAGACUCAAACCCCGACCGGAAAGGUUCCAGGACUGUCAAGAUCCAUUUGAUCUGAUCCUCACGUGUGAAGAGAGAGUCUACGACCAGGUGGUGGACCAUCUGAAUUCCAGAGAACAGGAAACCUGCCAGGCAGUGCAUGUGAUCAACGUGGACAUCCAGGACAACCGUAAAGAGGCUGCCCUGGGAGCGUUCCUUAUCUUUGAGCUCUGCCAGUGCAUCCGGCACUUGGAUGACAUGGAGAACGAGAUCGAAGACCUGCUGCAAACUUUUGAGGAGAGGCGUGGCAGGGCUUUCCUGCAUACUGUCUGCUUUUACUGA